UGCAGGCGUCUUUGGGGUGCGCAAGCGACUCCCCAUUGAUCGAUUACAUUUCAAGGUGGACAAACAUCAAGAAGGAAACAUAAUGGACACCGCCAGCCACGAAUUUUAAGUCAAUUUUAUCGAAACUUAAUGCGUUCUUCUGAACAAAAUAGUUAUCGAUCGUUUCCGCGGUCUGAGCCUUGGCAAAAAACAUCUGUGCAUCGAAUAAGCAGUGGUUUGGUAAAUAACCCAGAAAUAUGUCACAGAACGAAAAUGAUUUCAAAGAAAGAUUAAUCGGGGCAGUCAAAAAGGAAGUGAAACAGGUGAUGGAAGAAUCGGUUACAAGGAAAGUUGUACACGAAGAAAGUGGAUCUGUGACGUCUCUUUGUGGGGCCGUGGAAGCGUGCUUAUCGCAAGGGCUGCGUAGACGAGCAUUGGGCCUGUUCAAAACAUCUUCCACAACAGCUCUAUUGCACAAAAUUGCCAGGCACAGUCCCGAAGCAGCAAAUAUAUCGAAAAAAGUACAGGAAAUCGAAAAUACCGAUCCUAACAGAAGAUCUUCCAGCAGUAGUGACAGCGUAACCAAGCCCACUUUGAAGAAGAACGCUUCAUUGCCAACUAAUCCUCUACCUAAAUAUUUAUGGAUAAGGCUUGCCCUAUUCGAGAAGCAACUAGCAAAAAUUAUUGACUAUUUGGUUUCGAAUGCUCACAAAUAUUAUGAUAAAGACGCCCUAGUAGCAGAUCCCGACUACGGAAGUAUUCUGAGUUCUCUACUAGUUGGGCCUUGUGCCCUCAAUUACUCAAGGAUGAAAACCCAAGAUCAUUUUUGGACAGAUCCCCCAGCUGAUGAACUGGUUCAGAGACACAGAAUUUCUAGCGCUCACUCCACCCCUCCAUCGGUGAGAAGACCCAUUCUGAACUUCCGGAGAUCUCUUAAUACAAGCUCUGAAGAUACAUUAUCUUGCAGAACGUCUGCUCAACAUAUAGCAAAAGACUACGUCGAAAGUUUACACCAAAAUUCCAGAGCAACGUUACUUUUUGGGAAAAACAACGUUCUUGUUGUGCCUUUGAAUGCAGACGUGUCGGAACCGAUGCCUGGGUAUUUGAGUCUUCACCAAACGCCUAACGGACUAACUAUAAAAUGGACUCCAAACCAGUUGAUGAAUGGUUUCGUAGAUGAAUCUGGCCAGGAUAAAAGCGUAUAUUGGGAUUACGCCUUACAAUUGCGACUUGAUGAAAUUGUGUAUGUUCAUUGUCAUCAAGACAGUGAUACGGGGGGAAAUGUUACAUUGGUUGGUCAAGACGGAGUACAAAGGCCGCCCAUACAUUUUCCCAAAGGUGGCCAUAUGUUGGCAUUUUUGAGUUGCAUAGAAACGGGACUCUUACCUCGUGGAAGACUGGAUCCUCCUCUAUGGUCUCAAACACCCGGAAGAAACUACACGAAACGUAGAAGACCUCUAGCAGCUCUGAAUGAAACUGAUGAAACAACGAAGGACUAUGUUUUCAGAAUCAUCGACAACAGUAACCAUAAAGAAAUUCUGAAGCGGAAUGAGCUUAUGGAUACCCACGUGUCUUUCCCUACAAAAGUCCGAGUUCAACUUUGCAGCACGAGUACUAGCUCCGAAAGUUCUUCCAAAAGCUUCAGUUUAGAUCAAAAUGCCCCCGACAGCCCACCAAGUGUUUGUAUCCAAGCAGUUUGUGACUCUAUGAAGCGGCAAAUCAUAUCCAGGGCCUUUUAUGGAUGGUUGGCAUACUGCCGACAUUUAUCUACGGUAAGAACUCAUUUGAGUGGUUUGGUUAAUGGCAAGAUAAUCAAUGGUGAUGGAGCAAAUGAAGGUAUCACCCUUGAAAAAUGGUCUGAACUCUGUUUAGAAGGAGUAGUGACCGAUUAUGCAGAAGUUUAUAGGUUAACGUACUUCGGUGGUAUUGCAGAGGACUUACGAAAUGAGAUUUGGCCAUAUUUAUUGGGUCAUUAUAAAUUUGGAAGUACUCCAGAACAAAGAACUGAAUUAGGAGAGGAAACUCGACAGGCGUAUGAAAAUACGAUGUCUGAAUGGUUGGCAGUGGAAGCUAUAGUUAGGCAGAGAGACAAAGAGACCCAAGCACAUGCUAUAGCAAAAUUAAGUAGUGAAAGCAUGUCUGGAGAUCAAGUCCCGCAAAUACACCGAGAGUUGAGUAAUGAGGUUUUUGAAGAGGAUCCCAUUACCGAUGACGAAGAAGAAGAAACGUCCGAUGAAGACAAUCAAGACAAGUGUGCCAAGAAACUAUUACGAAAAAAACAAAACACUAUCAAGUACGUCAGUGACGGAGAAGAUGACUGUGAAGUGAAGAAAAAUGAAAACGUGAGUGAUGGUGAAACUUCAGUUAACACCAAAGCAACUUGUGAUGUACAAAACGGAGAAGCCUUAAUAAAUGGGAAUAAUAUUGUAGCGAUUAAUUCUAAAAUAGGUGAAGUAGAACAAAAUCAGACACAAGAUUCAACUCAAGUUAGUAUAUCAGUAGAGAGUAAGAACAACGUAAAUGUAGAAACCCCUGAAGAACAUGGAUACUUACUUUCGAAUAAGAAAGAGGAACUCCAAGACUUUAUUCAUAACGUGGUUGUGAUCAAUGCUAGUGUGGAUAUGUGCAAUAUAGGCAACGACAGCUCUCGAAUGGCAAAUUUGGAUGCUGUCACAGAAGAAAAUAAUUCUUCCUUGGACACCUGUAUAGAAACACAUGGACUUGCCUCUCCUGCUAGAUCGGCCUGUGUUUCUCCCGCUAGUUCGAAUGGAGGAGUAUAUAGUCAAGAUCUACUAGAAACAUUUGGCUUGAACUUACAUAGAAUUGAGAAAGACGUACAACGUUGUGACCGAAAUUACUGGUAUUUCUCAGAGAAAGAUAAUCUGGACAAAUUGAGGAAUGUCAUGUGCACGUAUGUUUGGGAACACCUGGACAUCGGAUACAUGCAAGGAAUGUGCGAUUUGGUGGCGCCCCUUCUUGUAAUAUUUAACGAUGAAUCGCUCACGUACGCCUGUUUUUGUCAUCUGAUGGAACGGAUGGUGGAAAAUUUUCCCAACGGCAAUGCCAUGGACUGUCAUUUCGCCAAUAUGCGAUCUCUGAUACAAAUCUUGGAUUCCGAGAUGUACGAACUGAUGCACGCGAGCGGAGAUUACACACACUUCUAUUUCUGUUACAGGUGGUUUUUAUUGGAUUUCAAAAGAGAGCUAGUGUAUCCUGAUGUGUACGCAACCUGGGAAAUAAUUUGGGCUGCACAACAAGUUGCUUCGACCCACUUCGUCCUAUUUGUAGCACUGGCUCUUGUGGAAACCUAUAGAAAUAUAAUACUAUCAAACAGUAUGGAUUUCACGGACAUUAUCAAAUUCUUCAAUGAGAUGGCGGAGAAACACGAUACUCAGGCGGUAUUGAAACUAGCCAGAGAACUAGUACUACAGUUACAACUAUUAAUAGAAAAUAAGUAAAUGUUUAAGAAAUGUCAUGCACGACAAGAACAUUUUUGAAUUAUUGAGACAACUCAAGGUGGGCAAUUAGAAUAGUGACUUUUCUAAGGCAUUCUAACGGGUAAGAGGUCAAUCAGCGAUUCUGUUUCUUGACGCUGACCAUCUACAGGAUCUACUUAAAAUUUUAGGUGUGAGGAUAUAUGUAUUUGUGAUAAAACUUAUUUUCUUACAUAAGAGAUACUGCAUUCGAUCUGAAACUUUACCAUGUACCUAGUCUUUCGAGUGUUUCAACUGUUACAUGAAUACUGGAACUAUUUGUUUCAUUAUAUAGGUACCCAAAACAGAGGGUCCAAUAUUAUACCAGUGUAUAAUAUUUGCUUCGGCCCGUUUGAAAUAUAAAUUCUACCUCUUCAUCAAUUUGUCUCUGAACUGAAAAAUAUGUUGAGUAUAGCCGCCAUGCACUAUUUUAUUUGUAUUUGCUUAUUCAAACUUGUGCCUAUUCCAAAAUCAUCGAUUUAAGAAAGUGACAAGUAGCACUUUUAAUAAUAUCUCUUGUUAUAUGAAAUUUUUAUAUAAUUUUAUAAUUACUAUAGAUUUUAUUGUUCCAUUCAAAGCAAUCAGUUAAAAUCGCUCUUGUAUCAUCUUAGCACAAGAAAUUAGAUUAGUAAAUUGGAAUUGUGCCAAACAUGUAUAAAUUAUAUGAUUCCGAAGUUCUUAGUUUUCAGUUCAUUUUACUUAUUUUAUACAAAGAAAAUAUCAAAAAAAUGGAAUUGCCACUAAACUAUAUACUACUCUGAAAUCUCAAAUCAAGAGAAAUAUGUUAUUUUAUAUACAUCUUUUAUAAAUUUUAAGAAAUACCUAUAUGUGAUGCAUGAAAUAUCUGAAAAUAAGUGUGUAUCAAAAAACUUGUUUCCAAAAUAAAUAUUUAUUUAUUGUUAAUCAGGAGAAAUAAUAUUUAUUUAUCUGUAUUAAUACACUAUGUGUAUAAAUGUUUUAUACUAAAACAAAUCAUAUAAAUAUACUCUAUACAUAUUGAUGAUGAUUAGUUUUCCAGAGUUUGAAUAGUUAUAUUUAUUUUUUUUAACCUGAGUGAAAACCGUUAAUAGUUACUACAUAGGU